UAUUUCUUUAAGAAGUAUAGCGAUUCCAAUUCUGGAUUGAGUUAGUGAGUGGGUUAAGCUUUCGUUUGGUUAAAACAUACCUUUGAUGAUGUAGUUCCCUUUGGCUAAGGCUUGGGUUAGAUCGUGGUCAUUUUCCACCCUGGUAUUACGAAACCCCCGUUUGGCCAUUUCAAUGAACUUGGGGUAUCCUCCCAGGUCAACGGGGUAGUCUUUGCCCAUGUAAACCAAGGUUUUAAACAAUUGUCUUAUCUUUGGAUCCAUGAGGAAGUGUUGUAGGUAUUUUUUUCAAAAGUGCACUUCAUCUAUUAAAUAACUAAUAAAUAACUAAUAAAUAACUACUCCAUAGUUACACCACUACUUAUAAUGGACAGGGGAUUCAAGCCGGCCCGGAUCGUGGCCUUGUUCUUGGUGGAGUUUGAUAUGUCUCAAGGGUAUAAGAUUGUUUGGGAGAAGUCAAAGGAUAUCAAUUUGAACGGGUUGGAUUAUAAAUGUUUACCAUCAGGAAUACAUAAUUAUGAUUCCACCAAUAUAGUAUUAAGCCAUUUCGAUAAACAAUUGUAUUAUGGAUUGGCCCGGUUUCGCCAAUUCAACACUAAUCAUGAAGGAGAAAUGGAUAGGUCCAAGAUUAAAAUGUACUCGUUGGGGAUAUUAACCAACCCACUAAAUGAUGAAAAAAUUAAUCAGUUUUCUAAUUUUGGCUGGGAAUAUAUCGAUCUACUCGAUGAAUUAUUGAUCCAAUAUAAUGAGACCGGUAAUGAAACGGUUUUCGAAGAGUUUUUCAAUUCAAACCAUCAAUUCAAUCAAGUUAAUUUGAUCAAUCACCCACUCACAAAAUUACCAAAAUUUUUCUUAAUCUUCGGACCGUUGAUCUUCCCCAUUAUAAAGAAAUGUUUAAUUGGGCAGAAUGGAUUGAUUUUCGAUAACAUCAAUCACGAUCAUGACUCGGUUGAUUUUUUCGAUAAUAAUUGUUUCAAUUAUCUAAUAUCAUUGUUAAGUUUAAUACCAAAAGAUGUUAACUUGAAAAUGGCCCCCAACCCAAAUACUUCUACUAGACCAAUAUACCAAGUAGGAUUACCCGAUGACGCUUUCUUAAGAAAUGAACAGGGGUUCAUUGGGUCCACUAAUGACGAUAUGAUGAAAACAAUUAAACAAAUAUACGAUUACCAAAUACAAAUCGAACCAAAUUAUCAAGAUAAUGAAAAAUAUGAAAGGGUGACUCUCACCAAUGAAAACAAUCCCAUUAAAUCAACCAAGAAAGAAUACCUCUAUUUCAAAAUAAUUUAUAAAGAAUUAUAUAAAUUCGAAUCAUAUGAUGACGAUUCUUCAAUCAACACGUUUAAUUCCAAAUUCAAGUUGAACGAACAAGAACCAAGCUGGUGGUUAAACCAGGCUACAAAUCCAAUUUCCUGGAGUGAAUACAUUUGGUCGGCUUUCAGCUGGUUUGCUAGUGCUGGUAACAUCGAACCUUGUUUGAAUCAUCCAGAAGAUGAGUCAAAUGAUUUACUGAAGGAAUCCAUAACCCAAUUGAUUCGAAUCGUGGGGUAUUUCCAUAAACUAACCAAAAAAUGGUUUCAAAUCAUUGAUGAAAUAAUUGAAGAUCAAUUAUUAGAACUAUAUCCAAAUCUCGAUUCAUCCAAUAAUAUCUGGGAAAAAAUCAAUGAUAAAAUCCUGGUGGAUCUAACUUAUCAAGAUAUCAUUGACUUGGAACUAGAUCCUUAUUCGGCUCAAGAUUUAGACUUCAUUACAAACUUUGUUUUAAAAUAUUGGAAUCACGUAGUCGAUGAUGUCAAUAUCGGCAUUGGAAUCCAUGGCUUCUGCUGUUAAACUAUAUACUAUAUAACAUUAUAUAUUCUUAUACUCUCACUACUUAUACUCUCACUACUUAUACUCUCACUACUUCUACUCUCACUACUUAUACUCUCACUACUUCUACUCUCACUACUUCUACUCUCACUACCUACAAUCCGAUCCUCUCUUCACUACCAACUAUCUGGACUCAACCAGUUGACGUAAAACAUUGUGGAACCAUUUCCACUGAGGUCACCUAAUCCAAUUCCGAACAAAGUUCGUGGAAACCGCACCAAAAGUCAAAAAUUACAAUUUGAACAAAAAAAAAGUAAAUAAAGAAUAGAUAAACGAUUCAAAUUUGUUCAACUCUCU